GUUUAUGGUGCUGCUAUUCAGUUUUAUGAGCCUUAUCCCCGGGAGCUGCUAACAGAAAGACAACAAUUGCAGCUGGGUCUUGUGACAGCUGUAGAGAGGAAAGUGGUUACUUCCAAGUCCAUCAAUUCCAACAAAUGCAUCUGCCUUCUCUCACAUUGGCCUUUCUUUGAAGCAUUUAGAAAAUUUCUUAUGUUCAUCUACAAACUCUCUGUCUCUGGACCUCAUCUUCUUCCCAUUGAAAAGUAUGUAUCCCAUUUUAUGCACAACAUACCUUUCCCUUCACCACAAAGGCCAAGAAUUCUUGUGCAGCUUUCUGCCCAUGAUGCAUUAGUAUUGUCUCAGCCAGUUUCUACACCAUUGCCAUUAAGUGGAGCAAACUUUAGCACUCUGCUCAUGAAUCUUGGACCGGAAAACUGUGCCACUCUGUUACUCUUUGUAUUACUAGAAGGCAAGAUCCUCCUCCAUUCUCUUAGACCAGCUGUGUUGACAGGAGUUGCUGAAGCUGUAGUAGCUAUGAUAUUUCCAUUUCAGUGGCAAUGUCCAUAUAUCCCUCUCUGUCCUUUGUCUCUGGCCACCGUACUCAGUGCACCUCUUCCAUUUAUUGUUGGAGUUGAUUCACGAUACUUUGAUCUGUAUGAUCCACCGCAGGAUAUUGUGUGCAUUGACUUAGACACAAACAUGGUGUACAUAUCAGAUGAUAAGAAGAACACCAACUGGAAGCAGUUUCCUAAGAAGCCAUGUAAAAGCCUGCUUAGCACCUUAAAGAAACUGCACCCACAGCUGGCAGCAGUACACAGGAAAACUCAAGAAGGCUCUGCAGUGGAAAUGACUCCUAUAGAGGCAGAUUUCUCCUGGCAGAAGAAGAUGAUAGAACUUGAAAUGGAGAUCCAGGAAGCUUUUCUCCGUUUCAUGGCAUCUAUUUUAAAGGGUUACAGAACAUUCCUCAAGCCAAUCACGCAGGCGCCUUCAAAGAAAGCAACUGCUGCCGAUUCCUUGUUUGAUCAUCAAGGAUUUUUAAAAAGCAGAGACCGUGCCUAUACAAAGUUCUACACACAUCUCACCAAAACACAGAUAUUCAGCCGCUUUAUUGAAGAGUGCAGUUUUGUGAGUGACAAGGAUACUGGCUUGGCAUUUUUUGAUGACUGCAUAGAAAAG